AUGGAGGAAGAGAGAAGGAACAAAGCGGAAGAGAAAGUUCACGAGGCAGCUGAAGCGGCCAAGCAGGCAGCAGAGGCAGCUAAGACUCGGGACCCCUUCCAGCCGCUGCUCCCGCGAGCAGUUCUGCCGCGAGUUCGGCAGUUUCUCCGGCAGUUCCGUCUCCCUCUGGGUACUCUAGUGCUGGAGGCCGUGCAGAGAAGUAGAAACUUGGCACUCCUUUAUGGAGACGCUGAGUUCCUGGCUUGCCCUGCAGGAAGAAGCGUUUGUUCGGGAACUGCAGCUCUGCAUCCUGUGAAGAAGGAGAUUGUGCAAGCUGACUUGAAUCCCGAGACUGCAGCGCGUAGCUCCAAGCUGUUCUACUACUUGACGCAGUCCCUCGCCAAGUGGGAGCGGGGAAGCGAGCUCUUGAGGUCCUGCUCGAAGAGGCAGGGGCAGAGCGCCUGCGGCUACGAGGUGAUUCGAACAAUUACCUCUCAGUACUCCAUCGUGUCGCGGAUGGAAGUGAGAGAACAGGCUUUGAAGUUGUACCAGCACGUUGGGCAUCUGAAGAGGCCCACCGACUUGAUUCGACAUCUUGAGGAUUCGUUUUCGAAGUCUGAAGCGAAGCUGAGCAACUUUCCGGAGCUUCAGCUGUCUGAGGCUGACCGCUGCUCUGUCCUGUUACAGAGCUUGGGUGCAGAAGUGCGUCAGUACGUGGUACUGCACGGGUCCAGCUCGAACUGGGAAGCUCUUCGAAGGACGCUGACUUACUACGAGGAGCAGCUGCGACUGUGUGAGGCCCCUGGGUCUUCGGGCCGAGCCUUGCAGGAGAAGCUUUGCGACUACUGCGGGAAGAAGGGACACACAGCCGACAAGUGUUGGCAGCGCCAAAAGGACGAACGCGAACGCGGUGGUGCUCCGAAGGGCAAAGGGAAAGGAGACAAAGGAAAGCCGAAAAGCAAAGGCGACCAGACUCCCAAGGGAUCUGGUACGCCCCGUGGUUCCGAGAAGGGCAAGGGCGACAGAGGAAAAGGCGACAAAGGAAAGGACAAAGGCAAGAAGCAGAAGAAAAAGAAGAAGGGACAGCCUGGAAAGGGACGCUCCUUGACAGAGCCGGAGUCCGAGGCCGAGUCGGGAGGAAGAUUUCGUGUUGUCAAGAAGUACGACCGAACGGCCAAUCUGUUCAAUGCCUCGGGUGGUGCGAUCGUCGUUUCGGGGGUUGUCGACCUUGAGGUUUAUUUUGGAGAUGUUUUCCUGAGGUUGGAAGAGGUCUUGGUGGCGGAUGUUGGGUUCAACGUUGUUUCGCCUUGGACCGGGUCGGAACGGGACUGGAAAACCUAUCUAGCCAAAUCGGGAUCACGAUUGUACAAAGGAAACGGAAAGAAGAGCAUCAAGCUGAUGGGCGCUUCGCGCGCCUGGUGGGCUCUGAGCGGGAGGUCCAAGGGCCGGGGGAAAGAGAAUUCUUCCAGACGCCCCCCGAAAGGGAUCGAGGAUAUGGAGAUAGAUGCCUUGAAGGACCGCGACCUGCUAGGAUCGAGCAAGGAGUCCACCGCAGGACCCCAGAAGCCUGGAGAAGGAAUCCUGAAGAAAGGAAGAAAGACUUCGGAAGAAGACGAGUCUGGCCGCCACGCUUUGGCUGCAGUGCACGGCGCUUGA